AUGCCAGACUACAAUGCAUGGUCGCAUCCCGACACAGCAGCAUUCGAUUUCCGCGGAGAUGUCCGAACAAGACCGACCGCAGCGAUGCUGGAGGCUCUCUCUAAUGCCAGCCUCGAGGACGAUGUCUCAGGCACGGAUACUACAACAAACGAGCUGCAAAAUUACAUGGCUCAUUUGACUUCCAAACCAGCUGGCUUGUUCGUCCUGUCCGGCACCAUGGGAAACCUCGUUUCCAUACGCAGUCUCCUCACGCAACCGCCAUACGCAAUACUUUGCGACGCGCGUGCACACAUUCUCAACAACGAGUCUGGAGGAGUAUUUGCCUUGACUGGAGCGAUCCCGCAGGUCGUACAGCCGGCCAAUGGACGGUUUCUGACUCUCGACGAUGAUAUUAUUCCUCGUAUUCAAGUCGAUAACGGCAAGCAGAUACACAAAGCUCCUACACGGAUCAUAGCGCUUGAAAACACGCUUAAUGGGAUGGUUAUGCCGCUAUCUGAAAUUCGACGCAUUUGCAACUACGCGCACAAGCAUGGUAUUUUAGUCCAUUUGGACGGUGCACGACUCUGGGAAGCCAUUGCUGCAGGGGAAGGAUCUUUAUCAGACUAUGGUCCAUUGUUUGAUACGAUCACUCUCUGCUUUGCAAAGGGUCUGGGAGCGUCUGCUGGCGCGGUCGUGGUCGGAAGUGAGGCUGUUAUUCGCCAUGCACGUUGGAUUAGGCAGAGUAUCGGAGGGGGGGUGCGCCAACCAGGUCCGCUGUGCGCUGCAGCACGAGUCGCUGUUGAACAGACCUUCUGUGGAGGUCUUCUUCAGAGGACCCAUGGCAUAGCUAGGGAUAUUGCGGCUGAGUGGCAGAAACACGGAGGCAGACUGACAUUUCCGACAGAAACAAAUAUGGUCUGGUUCAAUUUUAACGGAUUGGGUUUUACUUUGGAGGAUCUCGUCAAAGAAGCAGCGACAAGGGGGGUUUUGAUUUCGCGUGAUCGCUUGGUGGUGCAUUAUCAAAUAUGUGAGGAAGCAAUAGAAUCCCUCAAGAAAUCGAUAGAAGUAUUGUUCUCAAGGUUUCAGGAGACUCGCGAGAUUGCGUAG